UCUCCAAUUAUUGAAGUUGCUAAUUUAACCACUUCUUCCGACUUCUUUUCACAUAUCCUACAAUCAAGCGUCAGAAUCACAGACCCAUUUGACGGAAGAUCGGCUCAUUCUCAAAUAAUCAAAAAAGGCCUCGAUCUUGGGGUGUACUUGAUGAAUAAUCUUAUGACAUUCUAUGCCGAAACUGGGUCACUCAGCGAUGCCCACCACGUGUUCGAUGAAAUGCCCCUUACAUUUUCAUGGAACACUUUGAUUUCUGCGUAUGCCAAACAGGGCAAUUUUUAUUUAUCGCGUCGCCUUCUGUAUGAAAUGCCUGAUUGCGAUCCUGUUUCUUGGACUGUGAUCGUCGUGGGCUACAAUCAGUUGGGUCAAUUUGAUGAUGCGAUUUGGCUGUUUGCAAAGAUGAUACCUGAGAGAGUAUCACCUACCCAAUUCACGGUCAGUAAUGUUCUUUCUUCCUGCGCGGCGAAUUAAGCUUUAGACGUUGUUAGGAAGAUUCAUUCAUUUGUUGUCAAACUCGGACUUGGUAGCUAUGCUUCUGUUGCGACUUGCCUGCUGAAUAUGUACACAAAAUGUGGAGAUCCGGUCAUAGCAAAAGUUGUUUCCGAUAGGACGACGCUGAAGAACCUUUCAACUUGGAUUGCUUUGAUUUCAUUGUACGUGUAAUCUGGACAGAUUGACCAUGCUGCUGAACUGUUUGAGAAAAUGCCUGAACACGAUAUGGUUUUUUGGAGUUCGAUGAUUGCAAGGUAUAAUCAGCAAGGGUAUGAUUUUGAAGCACUUGAUAUCUUUUCCAAGAUGUUGAAUGAACCUUCUUUAAAGCCAGAUAAGUUUACCUUGGCAAGUGUUUUAUCAGCUUGUGCCAAUCUUGAGAAGUUGAAUGUUAAUCUUGGGAAACAGAUACAUGGCUAUAUUAUAAGAACAGAAACUGAAACUUCCGGGGCAGUUGGCAAUGCUUUGGUAUCAAUGUAUGCAAAAUCAGGUGGGGUUGAAAUAGCUAAACUGAUUAUUGAGCAUAAAAGGACUUCAAAUCUAAACGUUAUAGCUUUUACCCUAGUGGAUGGAUACGCCAAGCUUGGAGAACCAGCUAGAGAGAUAUUUGGCAAAUUGAGAGAUCGUGAUGUAGUAGCUUGGACGGUCAUGAUUGUUGGUUAUGUGCAAAAUGGGUUGUCGAAUGACACACUGGAGUUGUUUCGAUUGAUGGUUAACGAAGGGCUGGAGCCGAAUAGUUAUGCCGGCAGGCUGGCAGCCAUGCUGAGUGUCAGUUCAAGUUUGGCUGCUUUGGAGCAUGGAAAACAAAUUCAUGCCGGUGCCAUAAAAGCUGGAGAAUCUUCAACAGUUUCUGUUACCAAUGCCUUGAUAGUUAUACCCAUGUAUGCUAAAGCAGGAAGCAUUAAUAUAGCUCAAAGAGUGUUUGAUCUCAUAAGCUGGAAGAAGGAAACUGUGUCCUGGACAUCAAUGAUCAUGGCUCUAGCGUAGCAUGGCCUUGGAGAAGAAGCCAUCAGCCUGUUCGAGUGGAUGCUCUCAGUUGGUAUGAAACCUGACCAUAUCACUUAUGUAGGAGUUUUAUCUGCUUGCACACAGGUGGGAUUAGUAGAACAAGGCCGAAAAUACUAUAAUAUGAUGACUGAAGUCCAUAAAAUUGAACCCACUCUAAGCCAUUGUGCAUGCAUGAUCGACCUUUAUGGAUAGGUAGGAUUGCUUCAAGAAGCAUACCAGUUCAUUGAAAGCAUGCCUGUAGAACCAGAUAAUAUAGCUUGGGGAUCACUGUUAGCAUCUUGUAGAGUUCAUUAAAACAUAGACCUGGAGAAAGUUGCAGCGGAAAGACUGCUUCUUAUCGAUCCUGGAAAUAGCGGUGCCUAGUCGGCCCUUGCUAAUGUGUAUUUGGCUUGUGGGAAAUGGGAAAAUGCUGCCAAAACUAGAAAGCUAAUGAAGGAUAGACGAGUAAAGAAAAAUGAAGGAUUUAGUUGGAUUCACAUUCAGAAUAAAGUUCACGCAUUUGGAGUCGAAGAUGUAGUUCGUCCAUGGAAAAAUGAAAUCUACAAGAUAAUGGAUGAAAUAUGGAAGGAGAUAAAAAGGAUGGGUUUUAUCCCAGACACCGAGUCAGUACUGCAUGACCUUGAAGAAGAGGUAAAGGAGCAGACGCGUAAGCAUCACAGUGAGAACUUUGGGCUUGUAAGUACUCCAGAGAACACUGAAAUCAUUGUUAGAGAUGCUACUCGGUUUCACCAUUUUAAGGAUGGUUCAUGUUCUUGUCGAGAUUAUUGGUAAACAUAAGCUUGAAAUUUCGUCUACAAAAGAAUGAUGCUCUUGAUAUAAAAACACACCAAGCAGUGGGAAAAUCAGGUAUGUUCUUCCUCUGUUGUCCUUGUCAAAAUUUUAUUUAGAUCCGCCAUAUAAAUUAGUAUAUUCUUCCUUCACUGUUUUUUUUGCUCCCUUUUCUUUUGGAGGGUUAUUUGAACUUUCAGCACAGAACAGAUUUCAUCCUAUAUGCAACUAAAGAACAUCCGUUAGCUAGAAACCAGUAGGGUGUUCAUUCUAAAAGAUGCCCCAAAACAUAUAAAAAUUUCCAAAUUCUUUUUGGUUUACUGAACUUAUAUUCAUUUUUUAUCUUUAUGUUUUGAACUUUUUUUCCUGUGUGGUCUCUGAACUAUUAACUGCCAUACAUUUUUGUUUAAAUUUUAAAUCAUAGCCCACCGACAUUUAUUAUACUUUAACUGUUAGCUGCCACUUUAAAUGACAACCUAGAUGUGAUAUGGAUGAUGAAUAGUGUUGUACCACGUUUUUAUUAAUUUA